AUGUCUUACAUGGAGAUCUAUAACGAAGUCGGCUACGAUUUGCUUAGUCCGAAACAACUGAACACUGCCAGAUAUUUGGAAGAACUACCGAGAAUAUCAUUGUUGGAAGAUAAAAAAGGGGAAGCUCACAUUCGCAAUUUGAGUGUUUUGCCUGUGACGACUGAACAGGAAGCUAUGAGACUAUUAUUUCUAGGAGAUACGAACAGGACUAUCGCUGAGACUCCAAUGAAUGAGUAUUCAUCGAGAUCACACUGUAUAUUUACGAUUUACCUGACUCAUCGAAAUGCUGGAUCAAAUAAAUUGAGAUAUUCCAAAUUGCAUUUGGUGGAUUUAGCAGGAUCAGAACGGGUUUGCAAAUCUAUGAGCACAGGACUGGCACUGAGUGAAGCCAAACAUAUAAAUUUGUCCCUUCAUUUUUUGCAACAAGUCAUAUUGGCCCUGUCAGAGUCAAGGAGAAGCCACAUCCCUUACAGAAAUAGCAUGAUGACUUUCAUUUUGAAGGACUCUCUCAGCGGCAACUGCAUGACUUCUAUGUUGGCAACCCUGGCCGUAUCAAAGAACAACAUUCUGGAAACGAUAAGUACUUGUAGAUUUGCCCAAAGAGUAUCGAUGGUAUCAACAGAUCCUGUGAUUAAUGAAAUAAUAGAUCCUCAGCAGGAGAUUUCAUAUUUGAAAAACAAAGUAGAAGAACUGGAAUGUCAGUUAGUGUCUGCAACAGGUUUCAAGAACUCUUCUACAUUGACGGAUGCUCAAAAAAGUCAAUGUCAAUAUGAAGUCAAGCAAUACCUGAAAAAUGCUUCAACAAACCAAGAACUGAAUAUACUAGAACCUGAUUUGACACAAGUACAAUUUUGUUUCGGUCUAUUGAAAAACGAAGUUAACACGCAAAAGGAUAAGUACGAAGAACUGAAAAUUAAGCUGGAUUAUAGUAAUACCGAAAUUGAACAUUUGAAGAAUAAUAUUCUGAAGAGAGAUGAAGACAUCAAACAAUUGAAAAACUCCCUGGACAAGAUUUCCCGAAAGGAAAUAAAUCCGAACGAGUAUACUGGGUUUCACCGUCUAUAUCAAACUAUGCUAAAUGGACAUGCACCUAUAUCCACUACAAAUCGCAUUGAAGAAAGAGGAGAUCUUUUCAAAGUAUUCCUCUCGUACCCAAAAAAUUCAGAAACUCUCAGUUUUUACCAAACAACACUCGAAAAGAAGCUUGAAAUGGCAAGAAUCUAUGCCCAAGCUAUCAAGCAAUGUCAGAAAAAUAUCUCUUACAUUAAGCUCCAACUGGAAACUAGUCCUUGCUAUUCUGAGAAAUCACUUUUGAUUCAAGAAUUGCAUGAACAACAAGAAAUUUAUAAGAAAGCCUUGGUUGAAUUGAAGGAAAUUGAAAACGAAACUCACCAUUUACAAUCAGGUUUAAAACAAGAGGAAUUCAAAGUCAAGCACUUUUUCAACGAAUGGAUGAAACAAAAUAAUCCCCAAUCUUCAAUUAAGCAUAAUUUACAUUCCAUCAAUAACACCUCUCAAAGUAUAUCUAGAAACGAUCAAUUUCUUUCAUCAAAUUUCAGUUUACCAGUGUACCAGAACCAAUGUCCUGAUCGCCCUGUAUGUUCCAGGCAAACUUAUAUUCAUCCUAUAUGUUGUGAAUACCCAAAUGAAAAUAUAGCUGGAACGUAUUCAUGCAGGAACCAAUAUCAUGAGGAGGAAAGUUGUAACUUUCCAUAUCAUAUGCUGCCCGAACCUGAAAGAAACUCAUUUUUUUCAUCUUCACAGUGUUGUCAAGAGUUACAACCCAAUAAUUUCGAGAAUUUGGCUGGUUAUCAAGAUACAAACUGCAUGGGAAUCAUUUCUCAUGAUCAUUGUGAAUGUUCUAACCUUGAACCACUAAAAAAUACGACUUGCGAAAACACUAUUUCGAAUUAUUGUGAUGAAGAAACUUCAAAGCACCUUUUAUCUGCAACAGAGAAAGAAGUGUGCUGUGGAAAGCAACCGGAAAUGAAUAUUGGAGAUAAUUUGAGUGUGAUAUGUCAGACGUUGCCUGAAGUCGACAGAAGAAAUAUUGAAGCGAAAAAUACAGGAAUGGCAAUUGACAUUGAAACACCCUGUGUUGAAAAUGAAAUUAAGGACAGCCUUGAGCAAUUUUUCAUUGACACAGAUUCAAAGGAGUUCAAAGAAUUUAUGAAAACUGUUACAUUAACAGGUGAACCAGAAAUUGAUGAAGAUAUUUUUAAUUUUUAUAGGACCAAAUUCUAA